AUGAUUAACACACCUAAUAUUAACAUAAGAGAAAAUGCAAUUAAACAAUUUUUUGAAUUGAUAACAGCUCAUCAUGCUUCACUUGGCGAUUUAAUUAGUAGAUAUUAUAUUCAAAACUGCAAAAAUGAUAAUGUUUCAAAGCUUAGUCACAUUUUAUCAAUACUGAAUAACACACAAGGCAAGAUAGUUUUGGUCGGAUGCGGCAAAACAUUCAAAAUAUGUAAUAAAGUUAGCAGUAUGUUAAAUUCGCUAAAUAUACAAAGUAUAACCUUACAUCCGUCCGAAGCAAUGCAUGGAGACUUAGGAUCUAUAAAAUUUGGUACAGAUUUAUUGAUAUUUGUAAGCAGUAGUGGAGAAACCAUUGAGAUUAUUCAAUUGAUGGAUUUUUGUAACAAUACAUUACAAAUUACAAAUGACUUGAUCAUAAUUACAAAUAAUUGCGAGAGUACUAUGGCCAUGCAUUCAUUAUUAGAUUGUGUUGAUUCAAAUAGAGCUGUUUUGGAAAUACCACAAUUGAUUGAAGAAAGUAACAUACAACAUGGGUUAAAGGCACCUACCAUAUCCACCACGUUAUUGCUAAUUGUGCUAGAUUGUCUAGUGUAUUCUUUAAGCUACCUUAAAUACAAUGGAGAUAUUGAUUAUAGAAAUUCUGUUUUUAAUAAAUUUCAUCCGGGUGGCGGUAUAGGAUUGAAAAAUUCCGCUGUAGACCUAUCAUUAUUUGCUAGUAGCAGUGUUGCAAGUGAUGGAAAUGCCAUUUUAGGUGUUGAUAGGGAUGAUUUAGCAACAGAAUAUUUUACUAUAAAUAGUAAUAUUACGGAACUAUUAUUCUUACAAAGUGUUGUAAAGUAUGAUUGGUGUAAAUAUAAUGACAAAACAUAUCCAAGUGUAACACUACAAAGGGCUUAUAAACAAUACAGUAGUCAUAAUGAUGGCCCUACUAUGAUAUUUGAUGUAUCAAAAUUAUUCGAACAAUUUAUUAGCCAGUAA